AUGGGGAAGAAGCACAAGAAACACAAAGCAGAGAAGGCUGAAUGGCGCUCGGCUUCCGCCACCGCGUACAGCGGUAAGAACCGGGAGCUGUACAGAGCUGGGGGCGGAGGAGGAAGCUCUAUCUUUGUAUCUGGGGAUGCGUCUACUGGCGGCAGGACCCGGCAUCCCUUCGUGGGCUGGGCUGGACCAGAGCUCCGGGAGGGAAAGGCCCUUGUCUGGGUGCGUGAGGCGCUGGGGACGGGAGAGCGCCCCGGUGCUAGACCGCUGAUGCUGUCCUGUAGGGGUUCCUGGGUGUUGUGGGGUUCCUGGCCGACCGGGAAUGAGAGAAGUGGGUGGUGGUCUGAAGGAGAUUAUGUGGAUAAGCCUUUGGAAAAACCUUUAAAGCUGGUGCUUAAAGUUGGAGGAAGUGAAGUGACUGAACUUUCUGGGUCAGGGCAUGAUUCUAGUUACUAUGAUGACCGAUCAGAUCACGAGCGAGAACGACAUAAAGAAAAGAAGAAAAAAAAGAAAAAAAAGUCUGAGAAGGAAAAAGAAAAGCAUCUAGAUGAUGAAGAAAGAAGAAAGAGAAAGGAAGAGAAAAAGAGGAAAAGGGAGAAAGAACAGUGUGACACUGAAGGAGAAACUGAUGACUUUGAUCCUGGCAAAAAAGUGGAGGUUGAACCUCCUCCAGAUCGUCCUGUCAGAGCAUGCAGAACUCAGCCAG